UAUAUAUUAAACAUAAAUAUUAUUAUCAUCUUUUCCUCGAUCGUGUCCUCCCCUCUUUAUUCCUCCUCCUGCAGAUUACAGGGACAGUUUCAUCUAAACGGAAUGCACAAGACUGGAGAUGUGGUCCUGGGUGGGCUGUUUGCAGCCCACUUCUUCUCUGCCUAUCCAGACCUGUCGUAUACAUCGGCGCCACGUCAGCCGACCUGCCACGGUUUUGAUGUGAUAGGAUUCAGACAGGCCCAGACCAUGGCCUUCGCUAUCGAUGAGAUCAACAGAAACUCCAACCUGCUGCCCAAUGUGACUCUGGGAUACAGUCUGUACGAUAACUGCCGCAGACUAGGAAUCGGAUUCAGUGCAGCGAUGUUUUUAGCCAACGGUCAAGAGGAGCGAGUGACUUUACAUGACACAUGUGUGGGAACCCCUCCUGUCCUGGGGGUCGUGGGCGAUUCUUCCUCCAGACGUUCUAUCGCAAUCUCCACUGUGUUAGGUUUAUUCAGGGUGCCUAUGGUGAGUUAUUUUGCAACAUGUUCCUGUCUGAGUGACCGUCAAAAGUUUCCUUCGUUCUUUAGGACGAUCCCGAGUGAUGCUUUCCAGGUUCGUGCUAUGAUUCAGCUUCUAAAACGCUUCGGCUGGACGUGGGCAGGUCUGCUCAUCAGCGACGAUGAUUACGGGGUCCACGCCGCCCGAUCCUUCCAGUCUGACCUGGGUCCGUCUGGUGGAGGUUGUCUGGCCUACAUGGAGAUUCUGCCCUGGGGCGACGACCGGGCUGAGCUGAUGAGGAUUGUGAACGUGAUGAAGAAAUCCACAGCUCGUGUGGUCAUCGUGUUCGCACAUGAGAGUCACAUGAUUAACCUCAUGGAAGAGGUGGUGAGGCAGAAUGUGACCGGCCUGCAGUGGAUGGCCAGUGAAGCCUGGACAUCGGCUGCUGUGCUCCACACCCCCCGCCUCAUGCCCUACCUGGGUGGAACACUGGGCAUCGCCAUCCGUCGGGGAGAAAUACCAGGACUCAGGGAUUUUCUGUUAACAAUACGUCCUGAUCUUUACCACAACAACAGCUACGGCAAUAGCCUGGUAAAUCAGUUUUGGGAACACACAUUUCAGUGUAGAUUAGCGUCACCCCCGUCAGGUUGGGUGGAGGCUGGAGGAGCGUUGUGCACCGGGCAGGAAGAUCUGGAGACUGUGGAGACUGAGUUUAUGGACGUUUCAAACCUCAGGCCAGAGUACAACGUGUACAAGGCUGUGUAUGCUCUGGCUUACGCCCUGCGUGACAUGCUGCAGUGUGACCCGGGGAGAGGACCUUUCACAGGGCACAGCUGUGGGGACUUACACAGCCUGGAGCUGUGGCAGCUUGUUUAUUACUUGGAAGGCAUCAACUUCACCACACCGUUUGGGGAUGAGGUGUCAUUUGAUGAGAAUGGAGACGUCUUACCGAUCUAUGACAUCAUGAACUGGCAGUUGCUCCCUGAUGGAGGAACUAAAGUUCACCUUGUGGGUGAGGUUAAGAAAUCAGCCACUAAAGGUGAAGAACUCACACUUCAUGACAAGAAGAUCUUCUGGAACUUUGAAUCCAAACAGCCUCCACGGUCAGUGUGCAGUGAGAGCUGUCCUCCAGGCACCCGCAUGGCGCGCAAGAAGGGGAAAGCUCUGUGUUGUUUUGACUGCAUCCCCUGUUCUGAAGGGAAAAUCAGCAAUCAAACUGACUCCAUGGAGUGCACCAGCUGUCCAGAGGAUUUCUGGUCCAGCCCCCAGAAUGACCGCUGCGUUCCAAAGAAAACAGAGUUCCUCUCCUACCAUGAACCUCUUGGUAUCUGCCUGACCACCACCUCCCUGCUGGGCACGUUUAUCUGUGUUGUCGUCCUGGGCAUCUUCAUCCAUCACCGCAGGACACCUUUAGUUAGAGCCAACAAUUCUGAACUCAGCUUCCAGCUCCUGCUCUCACUGAAGUUAUGUUUCCUCUGCUCUUUGCUGUUCAUCGGACAACCCAGAGCAUGGACGUGCCAGCUGAGACAUGCAGCAUUUGGCAUCAGCUUUGUGCUUUGUGUGUCGUGUAUCCUGGUUAAAACCAUGGUGGUGCUGGCGGUGUUCAAGGCCUCCAAGCCAGGAGGGGGAGCCACUCUGAAGUGGUUUGGCUCUGUGCAGCAGAGAGGGACAGUUCUGGUUCUUACUUCUGUUCAAGCAGCGAUCUGCACUGCCUGGCUUGUGUCUGCUUCACCAGCUCCUUAUAAAAACACCCGGUACCACAAUGACAAGAUAGUGUAUGAGUGUGUAGUCGGCUCCACGAUUGGCUUUGCAGUGUUGCUUGGCUACAUUGGAUUACUGGCUGUGCUCAGCUUCCUGUUAGCUUUUCUGGCGAGGAAUCUCCCCGACAGUUUCAACGAGGCCAAACUCAUCACUUUCAGCAUGUUGAUCUUCUGCGCAGUGUGGGUAGCCUUCGUCCCUGCUUACAUCAACUCACCAGGCAAAUACGCAGAUGCCGUGGAGGUAUUUGCCAUCCUGGCCUCUAGUUCCGGCCUCUUGGGGGCGCUGUUUGGACCCAAAUGCUACAUCAUCCUAUUGAGACCAGAGAGGAACACAAAGAAAGCCAUCAUGAGUCGAGGAAUUGAGUCAUGA